UCACAGCAUUUAGUUGCACUCGGUUCGCUUAACAUAAAAUGUUACCUCGCGGAAAGCGAAUUUCUCCACUUUUGUGUGUCACCUUUAUUUUAGUCCUUUCGUUGUCCCUGUGUAAUACACAAUGGCCUUAUGACGACUAUGAUAUCGAGGGUGGCGAAGUUGAAACAGAACAUGAUGUACAAAGCGGCCAUCUUGCACAAAAUGUUCCAGCUGGCUCUAUAAUUGAGUCAAUCCCCAGGCCUGGAUCUCCACCAGAGCAUCCGGAUGAAUUGAUUGUGCCAGGCUUAGGCGUAGUUCGUGGUAAAAUAGGAUACAAGCGCAUAAAAGGAAGACCAAUUAAUUCAUAUCUUGGUUUGAAAUAUGGAGUAGUACGUCCGGGCUUAGGUCGUUUUCAACAAGCCAAUGUUUACAAACACUACAGAAAUGAACCAAUUGAUGCGACUCAAGUGGCACCGAAUUGCCCACAAUUUCCUGAUUUAAAGCUCAUAACUGCCGCAGAAGCGCGUCAUGAAAAUGUUGACGAUUGUCUUUCCCUAAAUAUUCAUGUGCCAUCAUUCGUACUUCGAACACAACAGAGAACGCGUCUCUUGCCAGUGAUGGUUUUCGUUCACGGCGAAAUGCUGUUUGAUGGCAGCGCUGAGGAAGCUCAACCAGACUACUUUAUGGAACAAGAUGUGGUAUUGGUAUCGAUCAACUACCGACUUGCACCUUUCGGCUUCCUUACAACGUUGUCAAAGGAAAUGCCAGGAAAUGUAGCACUGGCCGAUAUACAGUUGGCACUGGAAUGGAUUCAACAAUACAUUCGAGCAUUUGGAGGAGAUCCACUACAGGUUACUUUAUUUGGUCAGGCUGGUGGCGCCACCUUAGUGCAUGCACUAAGCUUAAGUAAUAAGGCACAAGGUCUGUUUCAUAAGCUAAUCCUGCAAUCAGGUACUGCCUUGAAUCCAUUCUUUUUGGAACAAGAUGCUCUUUCCACAGCACGCAGCUUUGCACGAUCAGCACGUUGUCCACGUACGAGUACGUUAGAAAUGCAAAAUCUGCAUAGCUGUUUCGAGCGACUAAGUACUACAGAGUUACUCGAAACUAUGAAGCGACAUUACGAGGAAAAUGAAAUUCGAGGUCUCCAUUUCAUGGGAGGCUUCAAACUAGCCGUGGGAGACAGUCUGGAAUAUCUUCCAGUGCAUCCCGCCGCCUUGGUAGCCAACCGCACAGUUCCAAUGAUAAUCGGAGUGGCCAAAGAUGCUGGAUCCUUUAUAUUAACGAGUUUUUAUGAUGAAUUGACCCGCUUACGUUCAAAUAACAUAUCUGACUAUAUAAAUGUGGUAUUAAGGCAUACUACGCAGCCUCGGCAUUACUUGGUUUGGAAAAACUUGGCGCUACGUGAAAUUUUCAGCGAACAGGACACACGUAACCCCACUCUACCCACUCUGAUCCAAGGUCUUUUAGAGCUUACAAAUUUAAUUUUAUACCGCGGCCCAGUACUCGAUACGAUUAAAACGACUUACAAGAAAGCACCAACAUAUUUAUAUUGCUUUGAUUACCGUGGAGAAUUCCAUCGGUUCGGGCACCUAAAAAGUCCUUUGCCAUUCGCAACCGAUGCCACACUUAGCGACGACAAUAUAUACCUCUUCCCCUACCCGGAAGAAGUAAGCAAUUUGAUUCCGCAAGAUCGCGCAUUAUCGCACGCUCUGGUUAAUAUGUGGGCCGAUUUCGCUGCAUAUGGUGUUCCUAUUAGGAACAAUGUUGUUUGGCCAAAUGUCACCACCGAGGUGGGUCCAUUUUUGAGAAUUGUUAAUUCCAAAGCUACGGCAAUGGAGUUAGAUUACCACUUCGCUGACGGAAUUCCUGUACCAAAUGUAUACCCCGAGUACUUCAGUAGCACAACAAUCGCAAAUGCAACAACAACAACAACAACUACUACCACUACCCCAAGACCACGUUUGAACUAUGCUCAUUAUUCGAAUCACUAUCCCAAUUAUAACCCAAAUUAUAGGCAAAACUAUCAGUACCCAGACAAUUAUCAAUAUCGUCCACGUACAACGAUUUUAAAUGGAGCAGAGCAUGCGUAAAAGUCUAAUCACGGAAGCCAACGUUAUUAUUAAAAUUGAAAUGUAACCAAUGUGUAUAUUUCUAAAUAAACGUAAUUUUAUAAAAAGUUAUAAUAUAU